AUGUCUAUUGUACAGCAAAAGAGCGAAAAUUAUAUCAUAUUGUAUGCCUCACAAACUGGUAACGCGGAAUGGAUUGCGAAAAACAUUCAACAAGAGGCAAAUGAGCGUGGGUACUCAGGAGAAUGCCGUGUCAUGGAUGAAUAUGAUAAGGUUGAUCUGGGGAAGAUCGAGGUAUUAAUUGCAGUUACUUCGAACACGGGUGACGGUGAUCCACCAGAUAAUGCUAUAAAGUUCUUUAGGUUCUUGCGAAAGAUUAAGUCAAAAACGUUUUUCGAGAAUACUAAGUUCACAAUUUUGGGAUUGGGUGAUACAAAUUACACGAAUUUUAAUAAUACGGCUAAACGAUUAGAGAAAAAGUUUUUGGAAUUGGGAGGCUCUGUAUUCUACGAGAAAGGACUGGCAGAUGAUGCAACUGGACUCGAGAGUGUUGUUGAUCCAUGGGUUGCAAACUUAUGGCCGGCUUUAGAAAAAGUGUGUAUAAAAAAAAACAAAAAAUCCAAUGGACAAAUUGAAAUUAUCGCGUCUUCAGUAGCGAAUAUUUCAGUAAUGGACAAUAAAAACAAUUUACAAUCAAACAAAGUAGGAUUAGAAAAUUCAUUGACAAUCGUUAAAAAGGAUGAAUCAAUAAAAACCACAGCAACAACAUCCGAGAAAAGUUCAUUGACAAUCGUUAAAAAGAAUGAAUCAAUAAAAACCACAGCAACAACAUCUGAGAACACAAUUAAUGGUGAUACAGUGUCAAAAUCGACAUUAAAUCUUCGUAAAAGUGACGACGCAACUCUUGUUCCAAUUCGCGGUGAGAGAAAAGGCUCGAAACUAAUAAUAGAUCUUUCUGAUCUCGAAUCUGUCACACAAUUGACUUCUCUACCACGAAUUCCCACUACGUUAUGUAAAAUAACGAAACUUGAUUCCGAAAUUAAAAAGACAUUAUCAAAUGACAGAGACAGUUUUCCAUCAAUUCCAUCUUUUGUGCAUACACCAACGCGUGUAUUUGGAGCAAAAAUUUCAGCAGUUCGUUGUUUAACUCACCCAAACGCGCUAAAAAGAACUUUACAUUUGGAAUUGGACAUUAAAGAUCAUCGAGACAAUAUUGAAUUUGUGCCUGGUGAUGUUUUUGGUAUCUUGGCACCGAAUGAUGAGGAAUUUGUUUGGACAUUAUUGAAAAUACUUGGAAUUGAUCAUGAUGAAGCUCAAAGGACUAUUAAUAUUGAGGCUGUGGAGGGGGCUGGAAUCAACCAAUUCAAUCGUCUACGUGAGCAGCUGCCUACACUCCUGGAAUUAUUUCUGACUUUUCCUUCAUCGAAACUACCGUUCGAACGGUUGUUAGAUGUUUUACCACCUCAUCAACCUCGAUAUUAUUCGAUUGCUAAUUCACCUUUAGUAGAUGCUAAUAAUCUACACAUAGCAUUCAAUGUUGUUUAUUAUAAUACACCCGAACCCUUUGCUGUUCCUAAAUGGGGAAUAUGUACUCCAUGGUUAGAUGAAUUAAGCGGACGAAUAACCACCACAAACAUUAGAACUCCUCUUCUUUCACCCAUUGAAAUACCAAUAUUUAUGAAGCCAAACGAACAUGGCUUUGCUGUUCCAAACGACAAUAAAGUUCCCUUGAUAAUGAUUGGACCCGGAACUGGCAUAGCACCAUUCAUCGGAUUCCUUCAACAUCGCGAAAAACUACGUGAUAUCCGUCGAAAAAUAUCCACGAUCGGUUUACAUGCGCGUCGUGAAGUCGAUAAACAAUUUGGUGAUCUUUGGCUAUUUUACGGGUGUCGUGACACGGAAAAAGAUUUCUUGUAUAAAGAUGAAUUAGAAGGGUUCGUGAAGCGUGGUGUUCUAAAGCAACUUGAAGUUGCUGUUAGUCGUGCUCCAGGUGCUGGUGAACUCGGAAAGCCUAAAUAUGUGCAAGAUUUGAUUAGGAUUCGUGGAAAAGAAAUUUAUGAGUUAGUUAGUAAAAAAGGCGCGUUAAUUUUUGUAUGUGGAGAUGCAAAAGGUAUGGCUAAAGGGGUUAACGACGCCUUAAUUGAUAUCCUGAUCGAACAAGCUAAUAUGGAUCGAGUAGAAGCUUCAAAACUACUUUUAAAUUGGGUCCAAGAAAAACGCUAUAUUCGAGAUUUGUGGGCAUGA